UCUGCGUCCGCCCCGCUCCGCCCCCCCCCCCGCGAGGGGCAACGCCCCGACAAAGGGCCACAGAGAUGCCCCUCCGUCGCCGGCGCCUCGCGGCCCUCGGCGCCGCCGCGCUGUGCACGGCGGCAGGUGCCUCGCAGAGGGACCGCCCAUAUGCCUGCACCGGGGAGUUCCAGGUGGCCGGGCACGGCUCCUCGUCCCUGGUGCUGAGCAGCAGCCAGAACAUCAGCGGCAGGAAUAGCAGCGUGUCCGUCGAGAACGGCCGGACGAUUGUCGCUCGCCUGGGCAGCCGUGCGUAUUUUGCCUCCUCCUGCGCCGCCGGCGCCUACGACCCCCGGCUCUACGCGCGACCGAACCUGCUCGGCAAGACGCUGCGGUUCACCGUGGACUUGCGGGGCGCGGGGUGUGGCUGCGACGCCAUGGUCUACCUUACGGCCAUGGGCCGCGGCAAGGGGGCCUCCAAGUGCCCCGACCACUACUGUGACGCCAACGUGGCCUGCGGUGAGGCCUGCGCGGAGGUGGACAUCAUGGAGGCGAACCAACGCGCUUGGCAUUCGACCCUGCACAGCUCCCGCGACAAGAGCGGGGCCUCCGCAGGCUUCGGCGGCGGCGGCGCCGGUUGGAGCGGCCCUCGCGACUGGACAGCGGAGCAGUACGGGCCGAGGGGCACGUGCAUCGACACCACGAGGCCCUUUGGGGUCGCCGCCUCGUUCCCCGUGGGUGACGGCGGGCUCCUGGCCGCAAUGCAUGUGGCGCUCUCCCAGGACGGCCAGUCUUGCCCGCUGUCGAUCUCGAUCGCCGGCUACAAGGACUCGCGGGACAUCAUGGAGGCGCUCUCCGCCGGCAUGACGCCCGUCGUCAGCUACUGGGCGGGCCGCCACACGGGCUGGAUGGACGGCGCGGGCAGCGACGGGCAAGGCCCCUGCGACGGGCACGGUCCGCAGGAGUGCGCGGAGUCCGUGCGGAUCUCGAACUUCUCCGUGACGGAUUUCGACAAGGCCACUGAGUCCAGGGCCAGCGAGCGCCCGCCCAAGCAUCACAACUUCUCCUGGCUGAUGGAUUCGCCGGGCCUUGGUGGCAACGGCGGCUGGAUGACGUCGCCUUACUCGCGCGCCAGGGGCAGCCAGGUCU